CGCUCCCGCCUCCCCUCCCCUCCCCCGUGGAAGCUUCCCGCGCCGCGCGUCUCAGCCGCCAGUCGAGCCAGCCAGCCCUACCCUAGAGUGAGCCGGGUGGGGGGGAUGGCGGCGGCGCACGGUGCCACGAGCGCCGGCGCCAAUGGUUCGGCGGCGGCGGCGCAUCGGGUCGGGGCGCCGACGAACCCCAUGGCGACGGCGCUGCUCACCGAUCAGUACCAGUUCUCCAUGGCCUACGCAUACUGGAAGGCCGGGAAGCACGCCGACCGAGCCGUGUUUGAUCUGUACUUCAGGAAAAAUCCAUUUGGUGGAGAAUUCACUGUUUUUGCUGGUCUUGAAGAAUGCAUUAAGUUCAUUGCAAACUUUAAGUUCACGGAACAUGACAUUUCAUUCCUGCAAUCAGUCAUGCCAAUGUGUGAGGAUGCGUUCUUUGAUUAUCUCAGGAAAACAGACUGCUCCGAUGUGGAGGUGUACUCCAUUCCUGAGGGCUCAGUGGUUUUUCCAAAAGUUCCCUUGAUGCGAGUUGAGGGUCCAGUUGCUGUGGUCCAACUGCUUGAGACCCCAUUUGUAAAUCUUAUCAACUAUGCCUCUUUGGUAACCACUAAUGCUGCAAGACACCGUCAUGUUGCUGGAAAAUCAAAAGUUUUACUGGAAUUUGGUUUGAGACGAGCACAGGGCCCUGAUGGUGCAAUAAGUGCUUCAAAGUAUUGUUUCAUGGGAGGUUUUGAUGCAACCAGCAAUGUGUUAGCUGGAAAUCUGUUUGGCAUACCACUUCGCGGAACACAUUCCCAUGCUUAUGUUAGCUCAUAUAUGAGCCUAGAUGAGAUCCCAGACAAGGCCCUCACAAGCAAAGACGGUUCAAGAGUCUGUAAAGAUUUUAUUAGUUUGGUGAAUGAGUGGCUUCAAAAGAUUCAGUUAGCAGAUUCAUUAUGUGGUGUAUUUGGUGAGACAAAUCAAAGUGAACUGGCAGCAUUUGCAUCCUAUGCAUUGGCUUUUCCGAGCAACUUUCUAGCUCUUGUGGACACAUAUGAUGUUAUGAGAAGUGGAAUUCCAAACUUCUGCGCAGUAGCUCUAGCACUCCAUGACUUAGGGUACAAGGCAUCUGGUAUUAGAUUAGAUUCUGGUGACCUGGCUUAUUUGUCUAUUGAGGCCCGGAAAGUGUUCCGUACAAUAGAAAAGGAGUUUAAUGUACCUGCUUUUGGGAAGAUGAUAAUUACCGCUAGCAAUGACCUGAAUGAGGAAACAAUUGAUGCCCUGAACAAACAGGGCCAUGAAGUUGAUUCCUUUGGAAUUGGAACUUAUCUAGUAACAUGUUACUCCCAGGCUGCUCUUGGCUGUGUCUUUAAGCUAGUUGAGAUAAACAAUAGGCCUCGUAUCAAACUUUCUGAGGAUGUGGCUAAAGUAUCCAUUCCAUGCAAAAAGCGAUGUUUCAGAUUGUAUGGAAAAGAAGGCUACCCCUUAGUAGAUAUCAUGAUGCGUGAAAGUGAACCAUCACCUAAGGCAGGAGAGCGAAUCCUUUGCCGUCAUCCAUUCCUUGAAUCCAAGCGAGCAUAUGUUGUUCCCCAGCACGUUGAGGAGCUCCUACAAUGCUAUUGGCCUGGGACAUCAAAUAAACCUAGGGUAGAGUUGCCCUCUCUAGACGAGAUCAGAGGGCGCUGCAUGCAACAGCUUGAGAAACUGCGGCCAGAUCACAUCAGACGUUUAAAUCCAACACCAUACAAGGUAAGUGUGAGUGCAAAACUGUACGAGUUUAUCCAUUCCCUAUGGCUGAAUGAAGCACCAGUAGGAGAGUUACAAUAGACUUCUACAGAAGUUGGGAAACAGGGAAGCAUUCUUUGAAGCAUAGCGAAAUAGCAAUACAUCAAAGAUAACUAGAGAGCUCUGUUGUAAAAAAAAAAAAAGAAAGAAAGAAAAAUCGUCAGCUCAUGGUCCCAUCCUUUAGGAUUUUUACUCCCCAGUUUUUAUUCGUACAAACUAGUAAUUACCAGCAUAGAGGAAGAUCAACCUAUCUGACUAUAUAUACAUCCGUUGUACUAUACGUCGUUAUGGAAUUAAACACACUCCUUUGGAGAUUUGGAGUCCA